UUUGUCUGCAGCGUAAAAAAAAAAGACAUUUGGGAGAGAAAUAAAAGAAUGAUUGUGAAUAAAAUUUUAAAUUGUAUUUUUGUGGCGUAAUUAUAUUUUGGAAAUUUUUUCCAUUGUGUACUUGAAAUUUUUUUACUUUAACUUAACAUUUUUUCAAUAACAGCCCUGAUUUAUUAUUAAAUUCAUAUAAAAUUAUGGAGGUCACUUCAGAUGAUUUAAAAUUUCCAAAGGCUAUUGUCGCCAGAAUAAUCAAAGAUGCCUUGCCAGAAAAUGCUAUUGUUUCUAAUGAAGCAAAAAAUGCAAUUGCAAGGAGCGCAGCUAUAUUUAUUUUGCAUGCUACUUCUUUGGCUAAUGAUAAUGCACAUUCAAAGAAACGUAAAAAUGUAACUGCCGAAGAUGUCCUUUACGCAGUCAAGCAAUUGGAAUGUUCAGAGCUUGAAAGUCCGGUAAUUCGCUUUUAAAUGAUAUUUAUUUAAAUGUGUGAGAAUUAAUAACUUAAAAUAUUUUUCUUUUGUAAUGAAAUGCGAAAUGAACAAAAACAGUAUUAAAAUACUCAAAAGGUGAAUUAUGAUUUUUUUGCAGAUUGGAAAAUUAAUUUUUCCACUCGGGUUCGUACCCAAUACCUCAGAUUUUCAUUUUUUUAUGCAACUGAUACCUCAUUUAAUUAUUUUUCAUUCAUUUGUAUUUUAUUUACUUUAUUUUUAUUCAACCCUGCUUGACGAGCU